AUGGAUCUGACAGACAACGUUUCAGACAAGCGAGCAGAGCUGGAACGUUGUCCACCGGGGCAUAAGGACCGGGAUCAUGCUCUCUACAACCUUGCGGCAGCCCUCUACGACAGGUUUCGGGCAGAGGGGAAAAUUGACGACAUGGACGAGGCAAUCGGUUUACACCGUGCAGCAUUGGAAUUCCGCUCCUCUGGACAUCCUGAUUCCAUUACCUGGCUCUCUGUCUUUCGGAUAGUUGCCGACCUGGAAGAAGCUGUCACACUCGAACGUGCAACACUAGAGCUCUGUCCGCCAGGACACUCUGAUCGUGACGUAUCUCUCAACAAUCUCGCUCGUAAUCUCAGGAUGAGGUUCCAGAAACAAGCUGGGAUGCAGGACUUGGGCGAAGCGAUUAAGCUGCACCAGGAAGCACUGAACUCCGUCCCUCUGGACAUCCUGAUCGCUCUUCUUCGCUCCAUUACCUGGCUCUCUGUCUUUCGGAUAGCACUAGGGCUCUGUCCGCCAGGGCAACCUGAUUGUGAUGCGUCUCUCCACAAUCUCGCUUACAGCGGUUUGCGAAAAUAUUGUCAGAUAUUUGAAUUUGUUGGCCUACGUACUACCAGUGCAUAUGGCCAGACUACAUCAUGUACUCCUGAGAUGGCGCAGUAA